AUGCCUCCCAGAUUACAGAGCCUCCAACGGCUAGGCACAGCUAGCUUGUGCCUACGCCCAGCUGCUAGAACGACCCCGAGCUUCCUCCCCGUCAUCCAGACCGCGAACCUCUCCCAGCGCGAGAAGAAGCGCAAGGCGAAGCAGGACCCGUACAGACAUCAACAGGCGCAGCAGCGAAAGGCUGCCAACCAGAAGAGACAGAGCGAGAUCCAGGCAGAAAAGGAUGCAAACUGGGGCGACCCUAUCCACGGCAUCCCGACUCCUUUCGUCGAGUCGUUCGACUCAGCCGGCCAGGCGCCCACAACGAAGCCCGUCAAGGACGACAAUGGAAACAUCAUCGCCGACCCUCGCCCGCUCCCCACUUCGCCGGGGCUUCUCAACCAUCUUGUUGACGAGGGUGAACUCAAAAAAGUGAUAGAAAAGGCCUACAUUCUGACGAAACCCGUAAAGUCGGAAAUCAGGGAGCUGGCAGACCCUGCUAUUGAGGCACUGGCCGACAAGAAGCACGAGUUGAACCACGCUAAGGCAGUCGAGGCUCUGCAGCGCAUCCUCUCGAUGGACAAUGCCAACUCCAAGAUCCUUCUCCACACCAACAUCAAGAGAUGCGUCCAAGAGUUUGGGCGACACAACACCGACAAGUUUCUGACGCAGAAGCCAAAGUCUGCUCUCAUGGACCCCAAUGCCCCUGAGGCGCCAAUCAGAGGUGGCCCCGAUACUGGCAGCUCAGAGGUGCAGAUUGCCAUCCUGACCGCCAAGAUCAGGAAGCUUUCGUAUGAGCUCUCACAGAACCGUGGGUACAAGGAUAAGCACAAUAAGAGGAACUUGAGAGUCCUGUGCCACAGGCGGCAGAAGCUUCUCAAGUACAUGGAGCGCAGCGAGAGAGGAAGUGGGCGAUGGACGCACCUGCUCGAGAAGCUGGGCCUGUCACCGGCGACCUACCAGGAGCAGAUCAGCUUCUAG